AUGGCGGUGAACAACAGGGAGGAGGAGGGCGAGAUGAACCUAGAGCUCACCCUCUGCUACACCCCUCCGCCGUCGCCCGAGCCACCCUUGGUCGGAUUCUUCCUCUGCAUGUACUGCGACCGCAAGUUCGACAGCUCGCAGGCGCUGGGCGGCCACCAGAACGCGCACAAGUACGAGCGCAGCCUGGCCAAGCGCCGCCGGGAGAUCGCCGCCGCGUUGCGCGCGCACGGGGCGCCGCCCGCGGCAGAUGGCGCCGGCGCCGCCAGGUACUCCAGCCCAGCAGCAGCUCAGAAGGCGGUGAGCGUGGAGGCGCAGCAGCACCGUGCAGCUCCGAAGGUAAGGGAGGAAGCGCACCAGGGCGCUUCUGCUCCCGAGCUCGGCGGCAUCGCGCGCGGCAACAGCUCGCCGGAGUACGGCGUCGAGUGCCCCCACGGGCUGGACUUGUCUCUCAGGCUGUAA